ACGUUGUACCAAAUGAAUGGGUUUAUUUUUUUUUGGCAUUUUUCUUUCUUCUUCGUUUUCUCUCUUCUAUCUCUCUCUCGACAAAUCGCCGAUUUCCCUUGAUUUUUUCUUCGAUUCCAAAAGUAUUUUUAUUUCCGGCUGUUUUCUAUUUUGUCGUUCCCGGCAAAUUUGGCUGAAGUCACUAAAUUUCGCCGGCGACGAAUUCGAACUUCGCCAAAUGAUGCAAGCAGCGGCGAACCUUUCGGUGAUAUGGAAUCUCUCGCUGCGUGGGUCAUCCUCCAAAGUUCAUAUAUUGAGCCCCAAGUAUCAAAAGUCUCACGCUCUUCAUUGUUUGAGAUCAGAAGGGCAUGAGGAGUUUGAGAACUCUCCUCAGGAAAAUCUUGGACUAUCUUCUGUUACGAAAGAGAUAAAACACAAGGAUAUAUGGAGCCUCUUUAAAGAAGCUCAACAAAAUAUCAUGUUCUUAAACAAGCAACGCUUAGCUGCAGUUGAGGAGCUGAAGAAGCUGAAGAAAGAGAAAGAUGAAUUAUUAGAAAGGAUAAACCAGUUGGAGGAAGAAAGUCAGAUUGUAAUCAAGAAAGCUGCAUGCAAACCGAAUAUGGAAUGGCUGCAUGCAAACCAAAUAUGGAUUGGGGAGGGAACACGGAUUUACAGAAGGUGUUUGAUUGUAUUCUAGAUGUUGCAGUCGAGAAUAACCUAACCGAUGAUGAGAUGAUCAAGCGGAUCUAUGUGUUCAGCGACAUGGAGUUCGAUAAUGCGACAGGAAACUACCAUUGGGAAUGGGAGGUGAGUGACUCCGAAAGUGACCCCAGGAGCGACUACCAGACUGCUUACGAGAGUGACUACGAAACUAGAUAUGAGGAACGGUUGAAAAAAUCGAAGGAACGGUCCAAGAAGAAGUGGGAGACGGAUUAUCACCAUCGUUUUAUCACUUUUCUUUGAGUUUUAUAAUCAAUAAUCAACAAAAUUUUCCCUAAGAAACACCUAAAGUUGGUUCUACCAAUAAUCAACAAAAUUUUCUUUUUCUCUUAACAAAGUUUCUUCUCUCCUUUUUA